AUGCGCCUGAAACGGCAGAAGCCGCCUUCUCGGGGAUGCGCUGGUGGCGCCCACAACAAGGAGAAGGAGAAGGAGAAGGGAUCCUCCGGGGCGCGGCCGGCGGGCGCAGCGGCAGCGGUCGGGUACGUGUCGGUGGAGGACGCCGACGCCCUCGACUGUGGCGUCUGCUACCGCCCGCUCAAGCCCCCCAUCUUCCAGUGUAACGAGGGCCAUGUGGUGUGUUCGUCAUGCCGUGACAAGCUUGCACCGGCUGGCAAGUGCCAUGUAUGCGGCAUUGCCACAAGCAGCUACCACAGGUGCCAUGCCUUGGAGCGCCUGGUGGAGUCCAUCCGCGUCCCAUGCCCGAAUGCGGCCCAUGGCUGCAACACCAAGCCAGCCUACUACGACCACUAUGGCCACUGCAAGACGUGUCCAUAUGCACCGUACCGCUGCCUGAGCAAGGAAUGUAGCUUUCCUGGCUCAACAGAUGCGCUCCUGGACCACUUCGCUAGUGCACAUGGCUGGCCUUCCACCACCAAGAUUGGUGUGUUUGAGAGGCACAGCAUCUGCCUCUAUGACGGCUUCAACUUCCUCCUUGCUGACUGUGCUGAGGACGACAAUCAUGGAAGCACUACCACCACCAUCAGCAGCAGUAAAUACCUGUUCCUCCUGAAUGUGACAAGGCAGUCGCUUGGCCGUGCCAUCACCGUGCACCUCAUCAGUCAGGAGUCACCCUCAGAAAUACUAAGAUGUGUGCUCAGCUAUUCACUGGUAGUCUAUGACCCUUGUGAGCGCUGUAAGUUCGUGGCCAGCCAUUCUCUGCAAUCUGAGAUCAAUAUGGAAUGCAUGGACCUCUCCAAUGGGCCGCCUGACCCUGCCGACUGCUUCCACUUUGUUGUGCCAGAUUCCGUUCUUGGAGACAAGAACAAGGAGGAUCCUAUCCAGGUCAAUGUCUGUAUCAGCAUCAUCAAUCUGCAGUAG